ACAGACAGACGAAUGGAUAUCUUUUGUUUGAAAAAUCUCGCGAGAUUACGUCUCGCGCUCAACCAGCGUCGAUCGUCGGCUGCUUUCGGUCAUAAUUUGGGUUGAUGAAGAAGGUAGACAUCUUUGAAAUAGGCCCAUAAGUGGAUGGUUUAGUUUAAUUUCCAAACGUUCGUAGUUUGAUUUAUAUUUAAAACAUGCCACCAAAGAAGAGAAAAGUGGACGAUGACGACGAUGAUGAUGAUUUAGAUGAUUUUAAACGCGAAAAAUUAAGCGAUGAUGAUGACACUACUCCACCCAACAACAACAAAGAAGCUGACGAAGAUGAUGGACAAGAAGGAACGUCUGAUGAUUCAAAGAAACAAUUUUGUUUGAAAGGUUCAGAAUUUGUUGGUACUGUAUUAAUGUGUGGAGGUACAAACUGGGAUUUAAUUGGUAGAAAAGAGCUGCCUAAAAAUGCUAAAAAGAGUGGAGGAAGAAACCUUUGGGGUCCUCAUCGAUUAACUGCUCUUCAGGGAAUCAGAGUACGAGUAGUGGCUUCAGGAGAUUCUGCUUGCCAUAGUGUUGUCAUCACUGAACAAGGAAAAGUCAUGACAUGGGGUCGUAAUGAUAAAGGCCAACUUGGUCAUUGUGAUCUCCAGAGAAGAGACAUUCCAACGUUGAUUGAAACAUUAAAAGAAUUAAAUUUUGUUGAUGCCGCUUGUGGACGUUCUCAUACACUUUUAUUAUCAGAAUUUGGAGUUGUAUAUGGCUGUGGAGAUAAUAAGAUGGGACAAUGUGGUAUUGGAUCUCAAAAUACAGCUAUUAAUAUUCCAACCAGGACCUCUUUUAAAGGUAGACCAAUAGUAAAAAUUGCAUGUGGAGCAGAGUUCAGUGUUAUUGCUGAUGUGAAAGGUUGUAUAUUUUCAUUUGGUUGUCCAGAAUAUGGACAGCUAGGUCACAACUCAGAUGGUCGUUAUUUUGUGACAAGUAACAAAUUAUCUUAUCAAUGUGAAUUGGUCCCACGAAGAAUUGGUGUAUUUGUAGAAAAAAGUCGAGAUGGUCAUAUAACUUUGGUGGAUGAUGUCCAAAUAAUUGAUAUUGCUUGUGGUAUCAAUCACACUAUUGCUGUUGAUACUAAAAAAAGAUGCUUCUCUUGGGGAUUUGGUGGAUAUGGCAGACUUGGCCAUGCAGAACCUAAAGAUGAAAUGGUUCCUAGACUCAUAAAAUCAUUUGAUGGUCCUAAUCGUGGAGUGAAGAGAGUUUAUGCUGGAGGCACUUAUAGUAUGGCAAUAAAUGAAUUUGGUGUUUUAUAUUUCUGGGGACAACAUAAAACCACUGGAGAGGCUACUAUGUAUCCAAAACCAAUUCAGGAUCUUGCAGGUUGGCAGAUUCGUGACAUUGGCUGUUCCAAUCGUAGUCUAGUGGUUGUGGCUGAUGAGAGCGUUAUUUCUUGGGGUCCUAGUCCCACUUAUGGUGAACUGGGUUAUGGGGAUAACAGACCAAAAUCAUCUCCCAAUCCACAAGAAGUGAAACCUCUUGAUGGCAUUCACAUUCACAGUGUAAGCUGUGGAUACGGACACACGUUAUUUGUUGCCCGGGACGACACGGAAGAAGACAGGGAAAAACUGAACAAAUUGCCAGAUUAUGCCCCAUAAUAAUUUUCAUUUCUAGGAAUGCCUUAUUAAAAUAAACUCACCAAGAUUUUAAACAUUGUGUAUGCAUGAAUGAUAAAAAUUUAAUUAGAACAUAUCCACAUUAAAGUGAUUCAGUACUUACAAAUCAAUCAGUAUUGUUUUUAAGUAAUUUGGAUGGCAGUCGACAUCCACUAGUGUGAUUUCCAAAGAACUGUACGAUGUACAGUACGGUAGUUAUCUCGAUCUUCAUUUCCAUUGACCAAGUGCAGGGAAAUGAGUAUUAUUUACCCUGACUGUUUCAAUUAAUGCAAAUUAAAAUUGCAUUGGUCUUAGGUAAAAAGUGCUGAAUUCAUGCUUUAGGUGCUGUUAUAAAUUGACAUAUAUUUUUUAAUCAUUACUUAAAUGUAGAAUCCUUUUGUAAUAUUUGACAUUACAGUCUAUUUUUAUGGUUUAGUUAAAAUGGCAGCAUUAAUGUUUCCACAGUUUCUGUAAUUGUUGUUCAAUUCAUUUUUAAAUAUUUGUCAUAAUAAAAAUUUUCAUAAUGCUUUAUUGGUGGUAAAUUUUUUCUAAUACAAUGUUGGCUGCCUCCUCCAGAUUUUGACAUUUCCUGUUAUCGAAGUAGCUUAUUUCUGUAACUUUCCUAUUUAACUACCUCAUUUUUACUGUCCGAAGACAAAAGUAUCUGUCGUUGUAAAAUUCGGUUCUGGGAAAAUUUUCACGGGUGGUCCAAAGUUGUCUCUUUCCAUUAAGAAGUGUUCUAGAAAUCGCUGGAUGGAUGUAAAUAAUUUCAGAAACGUCGGUUUUUAUUCAAAUCAUCCCAAACGUGUAAAUAAAUCUGUUUGACAGAUAUUGCAACGUAUCCUAUCUUCAUAUUUGGUUCAUUUGUCAUAAUUUAUUUGACAAACAUCAAUCAUCUUGCACAAUGCAAUAACAUCAUCGUUUUAUUAUGCAAACACUGAAUGUGCAUUUAAGAGAGAUCUGUAUUCCAGCAUUAUACUGCCAUUCCUUAAGAUUAAAUGCAAUUGAAUUGCUUAGUUCCUAGAGAUUUGUAAAUAUUUUUGGUAAAAAAGCCAUUAUACAAGAAAUUUUUUAUUUAACAAUUAAAAAUUUGACAGAAGAAAAGAAAUUAUGCAUAUUUGGGAACUAAGUACUUCAUUUGUACACAUUUGCUUUAAAUCUGUAAUGUUCUUGUUGAUAGUUUUAAUGUUUGACAGCAUUCUUUAAAUAUGUUAAAUUUUAUUACGACAAGAUCGGACAUAAUAAAGAUGGAAGUUCCUCCAAAUUCUACAAAAUAACGUUUCUGUUGGCGGAACAACCAUCUCGGCUCCUCUAUAAGUGACUUUUUUUUUAUAAUGUGAUAAUUGUGAUUUGUCUAAUACUUUUGUAUUAUAGACAAUGUAUUGUGUGGAGGUUCUUGGAAAAAAAUCCAAAUAUUUACAUUUGGAUCUGUUUUUGCCAUUUCUGCUUUAUAAAGUGUAACUUUGAAGUUAGAAAAAAUAAACAAUCUUCCAACAACAA